AUGUGUCCUCUGCUCUGGUGCCGUGCUCACACUUCUCCAUGUUCUGCAGAGACCGAGAGCCAGGGCAGCAAAGCAAGAGUGUACGGAGAGAUGCUGCAUGUGGAUGUACCCUUUCCCAUUCCUGAGCCUGAUGGAUGCAAAUCUGGGAUCCAGUGCCCCAUUCAGAAGGGCCAUUCCUACAGCUACCUGAAUAAACUCCCUGUGAAGAGCGAGUACCCCAGUAUUAAACUAAUUGUGAAGUGGGAGUUGGUGGAUGACCAGGACCAGAUGUUGUUCUGCUGGAAGAUACCAGUGCAGAUCACCAGCUGAGGAGCCCUGCUGUUAGUAGGGCUUGGGGAGGGGGGAAAAACAAGACAACACAGGCCAAAUUCUUUUAUAUAAUAAGUAUUUCUUACUGCUUUCUUCAGAGCUCUGCAGCCUCUGAGCAGCUAGUACUGUGUUUCUGCAAGGUCAGCCACGGGCAGAGGGCUCUUACCCUGUUUAGAGGCCCCCGGGGUGUUCUUCCAGCAGCUCGAGGGGGAGCAGUGUCUGCUGCAGGAAUGACUGAGUGUCAUCUCCCGCCGCUCUGCAAAGGCACUUUAGUUGUUUGAAACGGAGCUGUCUGUCCUCACAAAGAAAUUUCUCUGCAAUGAACCUGGCUAGUGUCUGAGCUGCUACCUGGUAACCCUUCAGUGCCUCUUCUAGAAUGCCAGCUGCAUCCAGCCUCCUGUGCUUCUCCUCUCUGUCACAACCGGGAUGCCCCUGGGACCUGUGUUUGCCAUCCAUGCAGCUGAAGGCAAGGGAUGGAGAGGAGAGUCCCUGAGCUGGCGGCCUGCUUUGUCCUGGGCCCCUGCUUGAGCCAGCAGGACUGCAACUGGGAAAACUUCCUUUUUGUGGAUGC